AUGCUUCAAUCCUUCAUCAUAUCAACAGCAUUAUCCUUGUUGGUAAAUGCUAAUGUGAUAGGUGUCAGUGAUGAUCGCCAACUGCUAUACCAACCGCAAAUUGAUGAGCAGGGUAACAAAUACUGGCACUGUUUGAACGACACCUCAAUAAGACUAUCUUAUGACCAGAUAAAUGACGACAUUUGCGAUUGUCCUGACGGGUCAGAUGAACCGGGUACAAAUGCCUGCCCAAAUCCACCAUUCAAGUUUUACUGUAAAAACGAGGGGCACUUUCCAAACUACAUUGACCAAUUUAAACUAAAUGACGGGGUGUGUGACUAUGAAAUUUGUUGCGAUGGGUCGGAUGAGUACAAGCUAGGUGGCUGUGAAAACAAAUGUGGAGAAAUCCACCGUCAGUUUGAGGAGUACAAGAAUAGUAAGUUGGCAUUUAUGAAGAAAGCUGGUGUAAAGAAACAGCAAACAAUCAAGCGUGCUCACAAUGGUAGGCGCAAAUUGCGCGAACAAUUAGACUCUUUGGAACUGCAAGUGUCAGAAUUGAAAGCCAAAAUCAACAAGUUAAAACUUCAGUCUGAAAACUUAGAAGAACGGGACGAAUCAGUCUUUGAUCAGUUGCGAGAAUAUUUUGGAGGAUUAGCUGACAAGUUAGAGUUGCACAAGCGGGAUAUCCUACACCAGGAGUCGAAACUUCAAGCUUUGGAAACCAUCUUGAACUUUUUAUCUACUCAUUACAACCCCAACUUCAAUGAUGCUGCGGUGAAGGAGGUUAUACACAAGUUUCAAGAAUAUGUUUCCAACAAGGAAGAAGAAGCACUAGAGGACAUUCAUGAAACUAACCAGAUCAUAGCUCAAUUAGCUGAAAAGGCAAAGGAAAUGUCGCACCUGGGUGUUAAAAAGGUGACCCAUUUCACUCCGUCCAUAUCAAAUAUGAUACAUUACUACUACCAGCUUUUGACAGAUAAAUUCUUACCUAAGCCAGUAAUCGAGUACAAGUCGGAUUUUUCAAGCAAUGAAUUGGAUCAUGAAGUUGAAAAGUUGGAGCAGGAAUUAGAGAAACUUCAAGCCAAGAUACAGGGUGUCAAAGUCAAUUUAAGUUCUGAUUACGGACCGGAAGAUAUUCUUCGAGCUUAUGAGAAAGUUGCCAUCACCAAGAACCUAGGUGGUUACAACUACAGAAUCAAUUUGCUACAAGGAAUUUCUCAAGACGAUAUCUUUAUUGGUAAAUUUAGAGAAUAUAAAGAUGGAAAAAUCACCUAUCAGGAUGGAGCUAAAUGCUGGAAUGGACCUAGACGGUCAGCUACGGUCGAGUUCACUUGUGGAGAAGGGCCAGAAUUAGUAUCAGUGAGUGAACCAGAAAAGUGUCAUUACUAUUUCACUAUUCAAGGUGAGUCAUGGUGUGAUGCAAAAACUGAGAAAGAUCUUCUCAACAAUUUCAAGAUAAAUUACGACCUAUUAUAA